AUGGCCCUUCAUCGCCGCAUCUCCCUCUCCGAUCUCGAGAGCCCCGAAGCCCCCAUCUCCGCUCAACCAACCCAUCACCUCCCCCCUAAAUAUUUCGAAUACAAGCGCGGAGGCCGCGAUGAGUUCUUUAGGGACCUGGAAGCCUACCAAGCCGCUGCCCAAAUUCAUGCGCAACACCACCAAGCCACGGCUGCCUCCCCUACCAUCGGAUCCGACGAACAUGAAGCUCCAAGUUAUGAUAGCAUUGGCGAAGCCCUGCCUACUAUCCACGAAACCAAAGUUUUCAAAAAGCGACUACUAAGUACUUUAAGAGAAAUAAGGGAAUUCACCGAAAAACGUAGGAAUACUCCAAAAUGGUCGAACUGCUUCGGCUUAACCCAGAACGUCCGCCUCGCGUUGGCAGCAAUCCUAAUCCUCUGCAUGGUGGGUGGGAUAAUCACAAUGGCGAUUACAUUCCGACAAGUAGCGGGUAUGCUAGCUCUGGGUGUUUUUCUGGUUGUAUUUAUAGGAUUUAGCUUUUUCAUGCUGAGGAAGCAUGUAUACCAAGGAAGACUUGUUGAAGCCCUGUUGAUAGGGCUGGGGAAAGUGGAACGAUUCGAGAAGAUUGAAGAAGAAACAUUGAAAAGAAUUAAGAAAGGUGUUGAUGCGACUUUGAAUCCGAUGUUCUGGAUAGAGAGCGAGAGGAGGAUGGAAGAGGCUAUCCCCGAGGAGUUGAGGAUGCAAGGAGAUAUUCAGCAGCCUCCACCGGCACAUUUCCCGGUAGAACAUCUACCGGCGCCAAAUAAUUCUCCAGCAGCACCGACGGAGCCAGCUGGGGAGCAUACUACAACAAGGAGGGCGGAAUAA